GACAUAACAAAAUACGAAAAUUAAAAUCACAACAAAGGACGAAAGUUGCAGCGUUUUUUGCGCCGACCGGUCGCGUUUUUCUUCAUCCUUUCGUCGUAAUGCACGACAUUGGGAUGGCUUUGCUGUUGCUGCGAAGAAUCCGUAUCGGUCCAGCACCAUUCCUGGGCCUGCAGCACUGCCAGCGGUGCUUUAGUGCCCGGUUGUCCGAGAAUGUAAGCAACGAGAGUGGAACGGAGCAGUCGAACGCACCAGCGGACAGCAAUAGCGCGGAACGGCUCAUCAAAGUGGCCAUCGUGGGAAUGCCAAAUGCUGGCAAAAGUACACUGAUUAAUCGAUUGAUAGAUCAACGAGUCUGUCCUGUGUCGGCCAAGGUGCACACCACGCGGAAGGCCUCGAAGGCUAUCCACAGCAAAGCAAACUCGCAAGCAAUCCUGUUCGACACACCGGGGCUCGUCGGUAGCCGGGAAAUUAAGAAGCACCAGCUGGACACACAGUUUGUGUCUGCGUGCCGGCAUGCCAUCCAACAUUCGGCCCUAAUCGGUGUUGUGCACGAUGUGUCGAACUCGUGGACACGCCACGCGCUCAGCCCGGUGCUGUUGCGUGUGCUGGAAGAGUACGCCCACAUACCGAGCUUUCUGAUACUGAACAAAAUCGAUACGUUGAAAUCGAAGCGCAUCCUGCUGGACAUUGUGCGAAACCUGACGUGCGAUCAGCUGGCAAGCAUCCGGAACUACGGUCCGCCAACUAGGCGCCGGAAGAGCAGGGAUGCUGGCGCUGAAGAGAAGGCACCAAGCGACGGUCUGGAGGGGAAAGAGAUUACAUCUCCAUCGCGGGUGGAAGGAUGGCCCCAUUUCACGGAAAUAUUUAUGGUCUCCGCCAUGACCGGCGAUGGGCUGCGGGAGGUAAUGUCGUUCAUACACGCGAACGCGAAACAGCAGCCGUGGGAACAUCUGCCGGACGAGCACACGGACCAGCCGCCGGAACAGCUGAUCGUGCAGAGCGUUCGGGCCCGGUUGCUCGAUUUUAUGCCACAGGAGAUACCGUACCUGCUGCAGACGGAGCUGGAGUACUAUGAGGUGGUGGGGGGUCGGAUACUGGCCAGCACCAUCGUUACCUGCCCGAACGACCGGAUAGCCCGGCUGGUGUGUGGCGAAUCGAACGGGAAGCUGCGCCAAAUCAACGAACAGGUAACGUCGGAUCUGAUCGAAACGUUCGGCAUGCCCGUGCUGCUCACGAUAACGACACGGGUGCGCAACAAAGAGUCGAAAUCAUAAACAGAGCUGCCCCGGGGUGGGGGUGAGUUUGUGUUUAUGAUGUGGUUGCUUUGUGGUUUUCGGUUCACUUAGAAGAGGGAGUUUGUACGCUAAUAGUGAGGUGGCGUUUGCAGGUUUGCAAGUUCACUUAAAUGAGAAAUGCAUCAAAGUGAAGCAACUUUGUGACCGUUCGUUUUUGCCUGUGUUUGUGGCUGACUAGUAACUGCACAAGUCUUCAAUUUGAUGCGUUUUUCAUUUUAAAAUGAACUGCUGUAGGCCAAGACGUUAUAAGGCUCUCAAUGCGCUCCAACCACAUGGUCAAUAAAACUAAGGAACUGCUUAAAAGCAGGAUGUAGAUGUUAAAAUA